GAUGUGAAUGUUUGUCGACGCAGAUCUUUGAAGUUGUCUUCUUUUGUUGAAGAGUUUGCAAGUUUGUGAAGAAUUUUAUUUAAUUUUUUAGUUUUAAACACAAGAAUUUUUAUUAAAUGUACGUUCAACAAUAAGAAAAAAGUGUUAGUACUAUUAUUAUUUAAAAAGCCUCUGAAAUAAAGUGAAAGCUGUGAAAAUUACACAGCAUGGCACCCGCACCACAGCCACUUGAACAGGGGCUGGCCGGCUAUUUGCCACAAGGUCAGGAAGGAAGCCCUCGCAUGAAUACAAUUUCUUUGGCGGUCCUCAUAGAUUUCAUCAUACAGAGAACUUAUCAUGACCUUUCAGUGCUGGCAGAAUUGCUGCCCCGUAAGUCUGAUAUGGAGCGUAAAAUAGAGAUUUACAAUUUCUCGGCGAGAACGAGGCAAUUGUUUAUACGUCUAAUUGCCUUGGUGAAAUGGGCUAAUUCAGUAUCAAAAGUAGACAAAUCAGCGAAUAUAAUGAGUUUUUUGGAUAAACAAAAUAUGUUGUUUGUGGAAACAGCCGAUAUGUUGGCUCGCAUGUCCCGUGAAACUUUAGUGCGUGCCCGUUUGCCCAAUUUUCACAUACCAGCAGCCGUGGAAGUAUUAACGACUGGUACUUAUAAUCGCUUGCCCACUUGCAUAAGAGAACGCAUUGUUCCACCAGAUCCUAUAACACCACAAGAGAAAAAACAAACUUUAUUAAGAUUAAAUCAAGUGAUACAACAUCGUUUGGUUACGGGCAAACUAAUGCCACAAAUGAGGGAAUUUAAAAUUCGUAAUGGUCGUGUAACGUUCGAAAUUAAGCAUGAAUUUAAUGUUUCUUUAACCGUAAUGGGAGAUAGUCCCAAUGUUCCCUGGCGUUUACUGGAUAUUGAUGUAUUGGUCGAGGAUAAAGAAACAGGAGAUGGCAAAGCCUUGGUACAUCCUCUACAAGUUAAUUACAUUCAUCAAUUGAUACAGGCGCGUUUAGUUGAAAAUCCUAAUGCCUUAAGUGAAGUCUAUAACUGCCUACAUUAUUUCUGUCAAUCUUUGCAACUUGAGGUUUUAUAUACACAAACUUUACGCCUCAGUUAUGAACGUUUAGAUGACAAUAUACAAGUGGAAGAAUAUAUACCAGGUGUUAAAGUAAGUGUAUCCUAUUGGCGUGAAUUAACCAGUAAGGAUCCCAAAUCAGAGUUGGGUUAUCGUCUAACUGUACAAUCAGAUCCCAAUGAAAUUGGUCGUCCUUUAGCGGUUAUACAUGUGCCUUCAUUGGGCGCUAAAGAAUCUGCCGAAGUAGCCGAUCGUGCUGUACGUUCAGAUCACCUGUCAAUGGAAAGAUUAAUAGUGCACACAGUUUACAUAAGAUCUGUGUCUAGAUUGUCAGAUUUAAAAUUGGAAUUUCAAGCUUUUCUCAAAGAUGUUGAUUUUAAAUUGGAAGGCACUCCCGCAAUUUUAACAGUACCAGUUUUAACUCCUUGCUUAAGGGCAGAACAAAUUCACAUUACCAUUGAUACUCAUACAGGAAUGCUGCGUUGUCAUGUUCCCAAGCACUUGGACUGUCCUAUUAUACCAGAUAUGCAAAUUGCUCUAAACAAUGAUCGUACUAAACUACCACAAAUUAUGUCUGAACUAAGAUACUGGAUAACACAUCGUCGUUGUGAGAAAACUUUGCAACAUUUACCGGCAACUGCUACAGAAAGUUUACCCUUCUUGACGGUGCCGGAUAAUCCUCUAUUACAGUCAGGAAGACAGAAAAUUUUUGUUAAACUUCAUCGUCAUCCUAGUGUGAUAUUGGUGGUUCAAUUAAAAGAAAAAUCCAAUAUGCCCAAUGAAAUGGAGUAUACUUUCCAUUUGGGUUUUGUGGCAUAUCAGACAAAUGAGAAUGACCCCUUACCAGAAGAAUCUUCGCAACAAUUGGUACCAGUACAGGCUCCUCCACCUAAUUUACAGCCUGGUAGUACACCAAACGCUGAAGUACCUAAAGUUUACACUAAACUUUUGAAACUUAUCGAAUUUGAUACAUUUGUGGCAACACAUGGACCAGGAACUGAUGUUGAUGAUACUCCACCACACAAACGCAAAUUGGGCAAUGAGCAUGGUGCGCCUUCUGCUAAACAGGCCAAAACAAUUUAUCCAGCGUACUUUAUACCAGAACUGGCCCACGUUGUUGCCAUGUGUGAUGAAAAGAUACCAUUCCUGAAUUUAGCACAAGCAUUAACGAAAUACAACAUACCACAUAGUGGCCUGCAAGUUGAAUCAAAUGCUACUUCUUUAGUAUUAAAAAUUCUAACUCUACCCAUGCCCGGUCAAACCCAUGGAGAAGAACAAAAGCCUCAAUCGCAUGUGUUAAAUAUGCCUGUUAUUGAACCACAUAUUUGGAAAGAUUUGACAAAACGUCUGUUAUCCAUAUCAAUACGCUCACAAAUGAAUAAAAACAAUCAGAUACGUGUUUGGGUUGUUGAAUUUGUUUUCUUUAGCACACCUUUACAGAGCACUCAUCCCAAGGAACAGGGCAAUCGCAGAACGGUUUAUCUUACCUAUGAUCAAAUUAAUCAUGAUUUUUCCAAGACAGUGGAAGAUUUAUUGAAAGACUGGUCGAAAAUUGUUUACCUUUAUACAUUGGUUUAUAAUUUCUCAGAACAUAUGAAAAACAAACGUUUGAAUAUUUCGGAUACCAUCACCAUUAAUUCUUAUAAUUAUAUUAAUUUGUUGUUGGGCUAUGGUCCGAAAAAGGAAGUAAUUUGUAAUAUUUAUUGGUCAGCUCAAUCACGAGGUUUUCGUUUAAUCUUUAUGGGCGGCAUAACAGCUGUUAAUGCUCAUUCAAUGAUGAAAGAUCAGUUGGCCACGCAUCUGAAUAGUCAACACAGUUUGGCCCAAAUGGUGUACAUUUUACAUGAGACCUAUUAUCCUUUAUCCUCGAUAGCCAAGUUGCCUAUCAUACCACAUUUGGGAAUACCGCGUCCUCAAGUGCCCGUUUUAUCAUUUUGUAUUUUACCACAAUCUCCAUGCUUGAUACGUUUGGCUUAUCAAGCCAUGUUUUGUUUGGAAAUACGUUUUCGAGCUGGUCGUUUAGUGUCAAUACGUGAUGGGGCCUAUAGUCGUUUUGAUAGAAAUCUUAUAGAAGAUUUUACCCCCAUACAAGGUUUAAAGGGCUUCCUUUCGAAAUAUGUGGAUGAAAAUGCUGUUUAUCGAGGACGUUCUCAAAGUGAUGAUGAUAAUCCUCCUUCACCAUUGGGUAUGGAAGAUAAUUUUGGUGGUCCUGGCAGUGUAACAGGUUCGAACACAGGCGGUUCUUCACCAUUUCUUAGUGCUGGCAUGAGAGGACCACAAUCUCCACGUGACAGUGGUUUAAGAUUCCCAGCGCCUCAUACGCCACCUCUUAGUUCUAAUCCUCAUACACCAGCUAGUCCGCAUCCUUCAGCGGGUGGCGGCUCUUCCACUAGUGGAGGAAAUUCACAAAAUCAUCCCAACUAUAACCUGACUUCACCACCGGGACCACAUAUGCCACAUCCAUCACCUGGUGGUCUUAUGCCUUCUUCUCCGUUGAAUCCCCAACCAAGUCCUCACAUGGUACAUAGUCCUGGACCGAAUACAUUGUACAUGCAAGGACAUCAAGAUUCACCAUUUGCUGCCAUGUCCCCGGCCAAUUCCAAUUGGCCUGGAUCACCCAGUAUGCCUAGACCUUCACCACGACCAGGACAAAGCCCUGAUCAUAAGUCUAGCCAAUCUGGUAAUACGGCAUCGAAUGCCCCUUCCAACAGCAAUGUAAAUGCACAAGGUAUGAACCGCAUGCCUCAAGCUAACAGAUCUUGGGCCGGAGCUGUACCUACAAUAUUGACACAUGAAAAACUCGAUCUGCUGUGUCGUCCCAGUCCACAUCCCAACAAGGAUAUUGGUGCUACACCAGACAUAAGUCCACUUGAACGUUUUCUUGGCUGUGUCUACAUAAGACGUCAACUACAGCGUCAUGUACAAAAUGAUGAAACUCUGACGGUGUUGAAUUCCAACGAACCAGGUGUAGUACCCUUCAAGGUGGACAAUUUGCAAUGUCAAGUGAUUUUAAAUCAAGUGCAUAUGCAAUCAUUACAUUUAAAAAUUACCCAAUUGCCGCCACCACCUACACCUGAUGGCAAACAACCUUUUCAACUUAGUCCAGAUGAUUUAAUAGUACUGGAGCAAUUCUUUGAUACCCGAGUGGCAGCGCCACCCUAUCGCCCAAAUUCUCUGCAAGGUUUCUGCAAAGUUCUAAGUUGUGCACCGCAAGUGCUUAAAGAUUUCAUACAAAUCAUGCGCCUGGAAAUGAAACCAGACUUGGGAGGUGAUCAACUAAAAUGGACAGUACAAUUUUGCAUGCGUGUACCUCCAUCGGCUGCACCAAUUAUACCCAUUGGCAGUCCAGGUGUACUGAUAGUACGAUUGAAAAUAUUAUUCUUUUUACAAAUAACUCGCAUACCCUAUAACGGCAAAGAAUGGAAAGAUAGUCCGUCGUUGGUUCUACCCAUGGUGUACGAUCUCAGUUCCAAUUUAACACAAUUGGCCGAGAAACGUGAACAAGUACAAUCGCCUGCUGCCGUAGCAGCUAGCACUUUAUUAAGACGUUUUUCCGAAUACGGCGUACAACAUGGUCAGUGUUCUUUGUUUCCGGCUGUUAGAGAUUUAUUGACAAAUCUUCAACUUCCAAAUGAUGUACCGCCACCAAAUCAGGCAAUUGGACCACCAGUAGGCCCCAUGGUUGGUUCCAGCCCAAAUCCCAUCAUGCAUUCACCGAUGCAACAAAUGGGUGGACCUGUCGGCCCACCACAAGUUGGUCCAGGUUAUGCUCAAAUGCCACAAAAUCCAGGUCCUCAGUGAUGAAGGCGAAAACGCCGCUCGGCAGCCAAUCUUAAUAUAUGAUGAUGCAGCACAGGCGGCUGGUAAUACAAAACAAAUACUUUAUUUCUCAAAUUAUUUGAUGUCGUUUAUACUAGUUUUAUAUCUUUUUCGUUUAUUUUUAUUUCAAAGAAAUUCUUUAUUCAAAGUUAAAAGAAAUGCAAUAACUUUGUCAUUCAUUUUUUUAAUUAUUUGCAAAAAGUAGAAACAAAAUUUUAAAAAAUUUUUGGAUAAAACAAAAAAAAUCAUAUUUUAUUAAACAAAAAAAUUAUUUACUUAAAUAUAAUCACAUUAAUUUAUAAGUAUUGUAUUUAC